CCCGGAGAGGGGUCCCAUGGUUUGAUUCACCUCUAUAAAGAAGGCUUCUUCUAUUAGCCGCGUACAGAUAAGCAGCAGCUCGAGUCCAACCAAACAACAACCGGAAGAGAAGAGAAGGCAAGAAGAGACUCACCCGUCGCUACGAACACCAAUUCUUGCAGAGAGGAGGCAUGAGAACCCAAGUGUUCUUCCUCACAUUCGCCUUGCUCGCCGUGCUCGGGCAAUCGAGCAACAGGCACCACCACCACCACCACUCCCAUGUUCAGAGCAAAGGGCAUGGAGGGGGAGGAGGAGGAGGGGAGCUAGCGAGCCGGGGGAAGGCGGCGGCGCGGGCGUGGCCGUGCUGCGACAACUGCGGCGGGUGCACCAAGUCGAACCCGGCGCAGUGCCGGUGCCUUGACGCGGCGCCCCGCGGGUGCCACCCGGCCUGCCGGGACUGCGUCAAGUCCAGCCUCAGCGCCGACCCGCCGGUGUACCAGUGCAUGGACCGCGUCCCCAACUUCUGCUCCCGCCGCUGCUCCGCCGCCGCCGCCGCCGCCCACUGACCGGCCGGCUGAGCGGACGACAACGAGUCGACGACUCGUUCUGAUUGCUGCUGUUGACCCACCAACUGUCCAACCCAACCCACCCACCCGCCCGCAAUUCCUACCUUCUGAAGGCAAGCUGUGGAUUAUAGAUUUUUGUGUGUAGAGAGAGAUGAGGAAUCUGUUCAUCUGAUGAGCAAACCAAACCAAGCUUGGAUCUUUUUUUUUCCUUAUUAUUUUGUCUUUUGACUUGACACUGCUCUGUAAUUGCUGGCUACUACUGCUUGGUUGACUGUUGUUGGUUGCGAGGAGAUGCGCAUAUGCAUCAGCGGGUAGCAGAGAGGGCAAAGCGGAACAGAGGAAUGAAGCAGGGAGCGCCGACGUCACAACGUACGUGCUAGCGGCGACGGCGAGCAAUCAAUUCAAUCAAGCGCAGCAGCAGGAAACGAACGGAGUGGGAGGGUGGGUGGCGCAAGCACCGGAUCUCGUCGGCCGUGACCACCACGUGGUUGGAGCCGGUGGAGGAGGUGUCGUCGUCGGCGUCAGCCAUGGCGAUGAUCCAGCAGGGGCAGGAGCCGGCGGCGUGGUGUCGACGGUUCCUCCGAUUUGGGUCGCCGAGCAGCUAGCGCGAAACAGAAUAAAGGAGCCGAUCAGGAGAGGGGGAGAGAGGGAGAGAUGUUUACCUGUGCUCUGCUUCUGCUCCCUCGAUUGAUGAACUUCACACGAUUGAAUUAAACUUGCGGGAGUCGAGCGUAGUUAAAUAGCCGGCCAGAGGAGAGGCACGGCGGCCAUGCUUGUGUUGUGCUUUUCUUUUUCUCUCGACUGACGCGUGGGCCCACAGCGCUGGGAGACGCCUCCAGGCUCAGCGUCGCUCGCCGCGCCUGCAGCGCCAGCCGGGUGCCGCCGCCGCCUGCUGGCGAGCGCCGCUACGCUCCAGCUGCGCCCGCCGGGGGACCGCCGCCGUCGCGCUCCAGCUACGCUCGCCGAGGGGGCCGCCGCCACCACCGCUGCAGCACCCUCGCGCGCCGCGCGCCGCGCGCCUGCAGCGUCCGUCGGGGGCCGCCGCCCAUUACCCUCGCGCCCGCCACCGGCCGCUCCCGCUGGAUGGCCGUCGCCCCCGCGAAGAGGAGGAGGUGGAGGAGGAAGGGGGAGGGAGUCUCUCUCGACGUCGUCCUCCUCGUUGGCACCGCCGCCAUGAAUCUGAACGUGAGUGAUGGCUGUCUGGCUGACGCAUUCAGAGAGGAAAAAUUGAUACUGUACAAGGACAUGUUGAAAUACAAGGAUGUUUAUGAAAA